GUUUCUUCAUUCAACUUCCUAUGUAUGAAACGUCGACAUCCCUUUCCACGAAACCAAAGUAUUUAAUUUGACUCAUAUUUAAAUGAGGAUGGCGACAAGCGAAGUGAGGUUUGUACCAGUUUACAGCAAGAUUUUCGAUCUAACGAAGUGUUUAAAAACCAUUUUACCAAAUAUUCAAUUUCAAGAAGUUUCUCCCGGUGCAUCAGUUGAAGACAUAAAUAUAUUAAAACAGGCCGAGAUAAUCGUAGCAGACAAUAAUUUGCUGGGAAUGCAGCUUUACAAUUUACCAGCUGCCAAAUGGGUCCAAGGAACCUUCGCUGGUGUAGAAACUAUAGUGCAGCACUAUGUUGUCAGCAAACCAAAACCAUCCUUUAUUAUUACACGAUUUUCUAAUUACUUUUUUGGCUCUGCAAUGGGUGAGUAUGUGGUAGCUAAUAUUGUCAACCAUGAACGAAACUUGAUGGCUGUAUAUGAAAAUCAGCAAUCCAGCCUGUGGAAAAUAGAUGGAAAGAUUUCUAACCACCGCACGAUUGCAGAUCUUACCAUAGGAAUCCUUGGUGCUGGAACAAUAGGAAGAGAUAUUGCCAAGUUACUGAAAACACUACAUGCUUGUGUUUGGGGCUUAGUUUGUACAGUACCUUCAGAAGAUAACAAGUCACCUUACAUAGAUGAAUACAGAUUACAUUCAGAUUUACCGGAUCUACUCCACAACUGUGAUUAUAUAAUCAGUGUUCUUCCUUCUACCCCGGGCACCACUGGCCUCCUGAAUGAGGACAUGCUAAAACAUUGUGCACAGAAGCAGCCAGUAUUCAUUAACAUAGGACGAGGAACAGUCAUAAAAGAAAAGGAUUUAGUAAAUGCUCUAAGCAGAGGAUGGUUGUCGGCUGCGAUAUUGGAUGUGUUUGAGACAGAGCCACUACCAGUUUCAAGUGUCUUAUGGACCAUGCCUCAGGUGAAGAUAACACCACAUGUAUCUGGCUGUUCACGUCCUCAAGACAUAGCCAUGUUCUUCAAAGAAAAUCUCAUCAGGUUCCAAUCCAAUAAGCCACUGGAAAGUGUAUUGGACCUGGACAAAGGAUACUGAUGUAUUCAGUCAUGUGCCAAAUUUUGACCAGGUUAACAGCUGGAUGGCAACCUAGAGUCCACUUCCAGUGCUACUAAGUACACCUUUGAUGCUGGAUACCUGAUGAGGCUGUUUCAUGUAAGAUGAGGUGAAUUAGAGCACCUUUGCUUUUCACUGAAAAUAAAGAUUAAACUGUAUAUAUCAGAUAACCUGUGCUCUUAGAGUCUCGUGUCUUUUCAAGAGGUUUCUCUGCAACGAGCUAGUGGAAAAUAUACUGGCUGUGAACAUGGGAUUAAUGAUGUUCUCCAUACCAGUAUUCCAUAUCAGAGAUGUUAAUGGGGUAAGAGCCAAACAGCUGUUCAUUGCGAUAUGUGCUAAUUAUUGUUAUCUAGCAGCUUCACAAACAUCUGAACAGAAAAGUAGCUGCUCAGAUAAUCUGCAAGGAGUUCCUCUAUGUGAAGGGUGAAGAACCCAAUGACCCUCCAGCCGGUGAUACUACAACCAAGGAAGAGAGAUGGGCAGAUAUCAUGUUUUGAGACAAGGUAAUAAUUUAGAAAGCUGCAGUCAUAGCUUGUUUAACAAGGCUGAAGUAAACCAGGAUAACUGGUGACCCGACUGAAAACAGAAUUAUGAACCUGAAUGCAAGUUUAUGGGCACACCAGCUGGUUCAACAUUUGAUUAUUCGGAUUGUAGGCAAGUCACUUUAUUGACUGAGCUGUUCCUUUCAAUUAUAGUGUUAUGCUGUUUCUUGAAAAUGUAAUAACUUAUUAGAAAUAUCUUUCUCCUCAACACAUGAAUAAAGAAAGUAUUUCAAGUGUCUGAUAUGGCAAAUCAUUUCUUAAUAUAAAUAUAUUUUUGGUGAGUUAUGAGUUACAUUGUGUGUAAAAGGAUGUUCUUUAACAUUGCAGUAUGGCAGCUUUUUAGGUUCGAAUGCCCCAGUUCCAGGCAUUUUACGCCACUGUUUUUGAAAUACUGUACUGAGUUGGUACAGCAGCUAGGCAAUGGGCUGGAAUGAGGACUUGGUGUUCAGUUCCAAACAGGGAGAGAGCAGUUUUCUCUUCUCCAAAGUGUCCAGACCAAUUCUAAGGCUCCACCCAGCCUCCUAUCCACUGGAUAUUAAGGGCUACCCCCUUGGGAGGGAGGAAUGGGGGUGGAGAGGAGACCAGGGCAUAAAGCUGACUUUCAGUUUUAUGCCAAAGUUAAUAAUUUGUGGAGCUACACUGCCUCCUCCCCCUCCCCAUGUUUUCAUGGUGGUACUUAAUUAAGCAGAGGGGCUUUACUCCUACUUACAUGUGUAUCACUUUAGUGUUGCAUGAUGUCUCAUAUCUAAUAAUGUUU